GUUCAGGGCGACCCAGCUCGGCUGCCUCGGAAUUUUGGACGACGAGUUGGAUGUUAGACUUCCACUUGGUAGCGGUUCAUGUGAACCAUGGAGCCGUGUCGCGAAACUGACGUGUCGUUAUAAUUGCGGAUGUGGGACGGUGGCCGUGAAGGAGUCAAAUGAUGUCAUCCCAGAGAGUUGUGUCUGAGGCUAACCUGUUUACUAUCUCAAGCUAGCGUAACAUCGGCGAUGUGCUUGUAGUCCUUUCUGCUCACCGGACACAUUUUGACUGCAUGGCUUGAGUUCCACCUGGUGGAUGGAUGUGCCGCUCGACCGGGACUAACUGGAGCCAACAUGUACGCGGGACGCAAGAGAAGAAAACCGUUUCAGAAAGGAACCAAAAUCACCCCAACUGAAGGGGACAAGUCCAACCCAUCCAAACGGCACCGUGACCGUCUGAACUUGGAGCUGGACAGGCUCGCCGGCUUGCUGCCCUUCCCGCAGGAUGUCAUCUCCAACCUGGACAAACUGUCUAUACUGAGGCUCUGUGUCAGCUACAUCUGGGCUAAAAGAUUCUUUUCAGUGGCGUUGAAAAAACAUCUCUCCAGUGGCGUGAGCAAAAGUACUGACCAGCAAGAUGACGAGGUGCCGGAACAGACAGCGCGAUGUAUGCCAGAAGGGGAACUGCUGCUUCAGGCUCUUAGUGGAUUUGUCCUGGUGAUCACAGCUGAGGGAAUCAUCUUUUACUGCUCUCAUACCAUCCAGGAUUACCUUGGUUUCCAUCAGACGGAUGUGAUGCACCAAAGCGUGUUGGAGCUAAUCCACGCUGAAGACCAGCAAGAAUUCAAGAGGAAUCUGCACUGGGCGCUCAACCCUCCUGAGGGCCGUGGAACCCCUUUGGACAUCGCAGCAGUAGAGGGCGAGUCAGGUUCCUCCUCGUUGGUGAGCUACAACACUGAUGAGCUUCCUCCUGAAAACUCAUCCUUCUUGGAGAGAAGCUUUGUCUGCCGCUUCCGCUGCCUACUUGACAAUUCUUCCGGCUUCUUGGCAAUGAGCAUCCAGGGUCGGCUGAAAUUCCUCCACGGACAGAGUGGACUGCAGUGGACUAAUGAGCAAGGUGCCCCGCUUCAGCUCGCCUUGUUUGCCAUCGCCACUCCCCUGCAAUCACCAGCUAUUCUGGAAAUCAGAACAAAAAGCAUGAUCUUCAGAACUAAGCACAAGCUUGACUUCACUCCAAUGGCCUGUGAUGCUAAGGGUAAAAUUGUGCUGGGUUACACUGAGGCAGAGCUACGUGUCCGAGGUUCGGGAUACCAGUUCAUCCAUGCAGCUGACAUGCUGCACUGUGCUGAAAAUCACGUCAGAAUGAUAAAGACUGGUGAGAGCGGCCUCACCGUCUUCCGGUUGCUCACCAAGGACAACAGAUGGAAGUGGGUCCAAGCCAACGCCCGUCUUGUCUACAAGAAUGGGAAACCGGACUACAUUAUCGCCACACAGAGGCCGCUGGUGGACGAGGAAGGAGGAGAACACCUGAAGAAACGAUCCAUGCACCUUCCUUUCACCUUUGCCACUGGCGAGGCACUUCUCUACCAGACUGGUUACCCACUCUAUGGCUUCCAGGAAAAUCUCAAGGGCAAAGCCAAAUGCAAGAGGGGGAAAAUGGAAAAGAAGUUCUCAGAGGACAUGCAUCCAAAGUCCUUGCUGGAAGCACUGAUGAGCCAAGAUCACUCUGUUUAUGUCUGCCAACCUGAUUCAGAGGCUCACAAUUCCUACGCUUGCAGUACUUUUAGCAAAGAGCAAGGAGAGACUUCUGGAUUUGGCGACAGCUGGCAGAUGACAGCAAGAUGCAACAGAGAAAUGUCCAUGUGUGAUCCACUGCUAGCCACCCUGGACUCUCUGUCUCUGGAUGGAGAGGAAACUUGCUCUAACAGCGAAAUCCUCAGUGCUUUGGAGAACCUAGGCCUAAAUGCCGAAGACCUAGAACUUUUGCUUUUGGAUGAGAAGAUGAUCCAGGUAGAAAUGGAUUCCAGCCAUUUCUCGACACUCAGCGAGCUCACCAACAAUGAAAUCCUCUCCUACAUUCAUGAGUCAUUGGAGAUGGGAUCCAAUAGAGAACAACACAAUGACAUAGUUGGAUUCGGACUAUAUAACCGUUCUCCAAACUCUUCCGAAAGUGCCAACCAACAGGUGCAGGCACAUUGUGUGCCUACUCACCCUACCACUCUGUCCAUCAGCGGGCAAAUGCAGCAGCUGCCCAUCAGUGCAGGUGGGAUUCUGUUUCCUUCUGGAAGUGUAGACGCCAGCAGACUCUCUGGCAAGAGCCAAUGGAUGCUAUUGGCUGAGAAAGCCUACCAUAGUGACAGGCACACUCCUCCUCAUCCUCUUGUCAACGGGGAGAACAAAGACAUCUCACCACUGGAGUCAAGUCACCCUUGGCAGCCAGGAAACAGCCAGACUUUGUUACAUGACUCCCAGAGCCUGGAAAGAACCUUUAGGCGCAGUAAACAUACUACUUUCCUUCAGAAUGCGCUGGUUGACCCUGUAGUCUCAAACAUACCACAUGCGGGCAGUUCAGCACUGAAUGGCACAAAUGUUUGUCACUACGAACAUUUGGUGGACUCUGCACAGCCACACACACUGGAGGGUCAGCAAUCUCACAAGCUCCAGAGUCCAGCUCUGUACCCAUGUUUGGCUCAGUGUUCUCAACAAAGUGCUGCUAUGGAGCAGGAGCAAUUGGUGGCUCUGACGCAACCUUCAGUCGACGCCUAUAGUCUGUUCAACACCACCAACACCACACAGGGUGCCCGCAACCAGCUGGAGAAUGGUUGCCUCCUCAACGUCGCCAAUGCCACCUUCAUCCAGACCUGUCUCAUGUCCAGUGGGAACAGAGAGGUGGCAGCCAACGUCCCAAUCUCGUGCCCUGACGGACUCCCAGACACCCAAAAGUCAGGAUUUAUCCUCUGACAAGGAGGUACCAAAUCUAAAAUACAAAGAGAGAUUCUGCGAAACAUUAUGCUUAGAUCAAACUUCAGGAUUUUAGCCCCAAUAUUGGCCCAAUUUGCUAUCACAGGUGAUUUCCCAGAUCGGGCCCAACAUAUUUUGUCGGGAACAACAAAACCUCUUGUAGUCUGACAUAAUCCACGACCAACAAUUUGGCCCUACAGUAGCCCUGCGAAGCCAAAAUGAAAAUGUUAGCAUGUUUAAUUUUUUCUUUUUAAGAUAUGUUUGUGUAGUCUGAUCAACGACAACUCUCCAACAGCACACCUUGACGACGACCAAUAGGAAUGCAUAUUGUGACCACCGCAUUGCCUCCCGUGCUUGCCAUUAGUCAACAUACCGUACUUGGUCACCGUUGUCAACAUUUAUUCACAAGAUACAAGGUACUUUUAUUGUCAAUUCUUCAAUAUGCGUAACACAUACAGAGGAUUGAAAUUACAGUACUCAAGGGCAUGCGGUGCUACAAAAGACAGUACAAAUAAUAUCGAUAUAAAAGCUAAAUAAACAAUAGUAUAUACAAUAUAAAAAGUAUUAAUUGAAUGUGCAAAUAUCAAAGGUCAGGUGACGUGUGCAACAUAGUCAAGGUCAGAGAACCAAGGCAAAUAAGACAUUUAUAAAUUAGAUGACAAAACCCCAAUGCUGCUGAAGUGGCAACCCCGAGUCUGGUGCAAGUGUGUGUGUGUGUGUGUGUGUGUGUGUGUGUGUGUGUGUGUGCGUGUGUGUGUGCGUGUGUGUGUGUGUGUGUGUGUGUGUGUGUGUGUGUGUGUGCGUGCGUGCGUGCGCGUGCGUGUGUGUGUGUGCAUCUACAUGUUUGCGAGGUGUCAGAGUUCAGGUGGGCAGAGGACAGAAGAAGUAGAGAGGGCAGAGAGUUCAGAUUCGUGACAGCCUGAUGAAUAAAUCUGUCUUUGAGUCGGCUAGUCCUGGCCCCCAGACUCCGCAGUCUCCUGCCUGAUGGCACGCGCACAAACCAAUGUUUACUGAAGCUUUAGAACAUGAUUUGACAGAACGCCAGCAUGUUUAUGUACAAACGAUAGUGUUAGCACUAGCUUGCUAGGCUACAUAACGUUUUGUUACCCGCUUGUGAGCCGUUUCGUAGUAAAAGUGAAUUAAACGUACGUGAACAUACCUCAAGCAGUCCUUGAAUGGAUAGCCCAAAACAUCAUCUCCCGAGCACCCGGUGACACUGCACUUUUUUUUCCUCUUUUUGUUCUUUUUUCCCCAACAUUGCCGCAGUGAUGCACUGUUUGACAACAACUUGGUGUCUCCAUGGUAACAAGUGUAUCUGGUUGUGGUGAAAGGUGACAUAUUUUCUGGUCACGCAUCCCCGAAAGUGUUUGAUUUGAAGCCCAGUGAUCGUAAAAGAUGUGAUACGCUGGUAUCGGAAUACAUGUCGUGUAGUGUUUAGAGCGUCGGCCCCACAGUUCUGAAGAGCGGGGUUCAAUCCCCGACCCCGCCUGUGUGGAGUUUGCAUGUUUUCCCCGUGCCUGUGUGGGUUUUCUCCGGGCACUCCGGUUUCCUCCCACAUCCCCAAAACAUGCCUUAAUUGGAGACUCUAAAUUGCCCGUAGGUGUGAAUGUGAGUGCGAAUGGUUGUUUGUUUGUAUGUGCCCUGCAAUUGGCUGGCAACCAGUUCAGGGUGUACCCCGCCUCCUGCCCGAUGAUAGCUGGGAUAGGCUACAGCACGCCCGCGACCUUUGUGUGGAUAAGCGGCUCAGAAAAUGGAUGGAUGGAUGAAUGUCGUGUAGUGUUGCCACUGUUUCACCGAGAUACAGCAAAUUUUUAUGGCAGUAGUCAGGCGCAAUCGUGAAAGAUCAAAUUUGUCUUGUAGUUUGAGCCAGACAUUAGAAAAGAUUAAAAAGGCAUUUACCACCAUUUUUCACUUCUCAUGAACUAGUUGGUUUGAUGUGAAAUUGUCAACUGUGUUAUAAUGUUCCUGCGCACACUGAAUCAUAGUCUAGUGUUCAUUAGCGAGUCGGAUCUGUGCUCACUUAUUACUGCUACAGCGGAGGCAGCACCUACUAAUCUGUAAAUACUCUCUCUUGAAGAAGUUUCAGUCAAAAUAAUUUUUAAGUUUCUUGUUCAUUCCAAGUGGAACUUCUUGUUAACUGUUUGCGGGGCACAUUCACGUGUUUGCAGCUGCUAUUUUGACAGUAUUGACGCAUAUUGUUGAAACACACAGAAAAAAGCUCGGUAUCACGAAAUUACAUGAAAAUAAUCCCUUAAUAAUGUGAAAAUGUAUUGUUCGAACAAUAUCUUUAAACUCAUCACAUAAUUUCAGUAUGUAUGUCCCUCCAGCUGAUCAAUGAGGAACAAUGGUGCCUGAAAAGGUCAGAUCCUUUCUUUCUUCAGUACGUUACCCAUGCAUUUCAAAAUACUUCUCAAAGUAUGCAUACUAAUACAGUGAAUAUAAAAAGUCUACACAUACCUGUUCAAGUGCCAGGUUUUUGUAAUAUUAAAAAAAAUGUGAUCAAGAAAAAUCAUUUUAAAAUUUUUUCCACAAUUAAUGUGACUUAUAACCUGAAAAACUCAAUUGAAAAAAAAUAUAUUUUUGAGAAAGGAGGUAAAAAUAUAAACAACUGAGAAAAUGUGGUUGCACAUGUGUGCACACCCUCUUAUAACUGUGGUUGUGUUCAGAAUGAUCAUUGGAAUCACCUUAUACCGUAUUUUCACGACCAUAGGGCAGUCUCAGUUACAGGGGUCUAUUUCUGUAUUUAACACAUACAUAAGGCACACCCUAUUAUUGGGCGCAGGUAUGGUAAAACAUAUGCUAGCUUAAAACAUACGGUAGCAUGCAUGCACGCUAAAACAAUUUAUAACAUUUAUAGAUGUUGAAACUCGGUGCACACAUAAGGCGUGCCGCAUUAUAAGGCGCCCCAUCCAUUUUGGAGAAAAUUUAAGACUUUUAAGUGUGCCUUAUGGUCGUGAAA